AUGGGCUGCGCUUCCUCGAAAAGAGUGGAGGCUGCCGUGGACUACAAGCCGGCGCCGGCGAGCUACGCGGUCUUCGACAUCAACGCCAUCCAAGAGCCGUGGCUCGUAUUCGACAAUACGACGCUGCAGGAGCAGCAGCAGAGCCACGAAAAGCCCGCGCAUGUGCCGGCCCAAAUCCUCGACAAGCUCAAAUCGUUAGAAACCGAAGCGGAAGCAGCCCCUCACACGUGGGACGAGGUCAGCAAGGCCCUAGAGAACCUAAAGCCCAAGACCGACCCGAAGUGCAAACCAGAGCCAAGCCCAACUCCUUCCCCGGCCCAGAACGAACAGACCAGUAGUAGGAAGCCCCGUAAGAGCCUGUCCUUCCACACGCUCGACGAGCUCGACAAGAAGCUCGCUCCGAAACCUGCCGACAUGAGAAAGAGCGAGUCGAUGCGGUCCCUGUGUAAGCUAAACACCGAGUCGACCCGGUCCGAGUCACGAGUUGACUCGGAGGCGACUCAGUCGACUCAGUCGGCGGCGGGUUACAUCAAGCCGGUGAAGGAGAACAUAUUCAUAAUGAGGGACAGGAUGGAGAGAGAGAAGGAAGGCAAGCUGGCGGUCUACGAUAGGCUGAUGAAGAGCAAGCGGGACCCACUGAGCGAGUACCCGGAGAGGUGCCCGCCCGGCGGCGCCGACUCGGUGGUGGUCUACACGACGUCGUUGCGGGGGGUGCGGCGGACGUUCGAGGACUGCCAGAAGGUGAAGGGGGUGCUGGAGGGCCAUCGGGUGGUGUACGACGAGCGCGACGUGGCGCUGCACGGCGAGUUUCUGGGUGAGCUGAGGGGAUUGCUGGGUGAGGAGAGCAAUAACUCCGACGGCGGCGUGGGUGUGCCGAGGGUUUUCGUGAAGGGGAGGUAUCUGGGUGGGGCGGAGGAGUUGGUGGAGCUGAACGAGUCCGGGGUGUUUGGGAGAAUGGUGAAGUUGGCAGGCGUGGAGAGAGGGGUGGGGUGGGGAGCGUGCGAGGGGUGCGGUGGGGCCCGGUUCGUGCCGUGCAUGGAGUGUGGCGGGAGUUGUAAGGUGGUGGUUGGGGAUAAGAGGGAGAGGUGCCCCAAGUGUAAUGAGAAUGGGCUGGUACAGUGUGUGGCUUGCUGGUCUUUAACGUAA